GCACACACAGUGAAACAUGUUUAGAAACAGACACCACUGACUGAUCAGUGUGUGACAGAUGCACCGACCGGAGCUUUCAUCUUGUAAACUGUGAAGUCAUGGAGCUACUUGAAGCCGGAUGACGCCCCCCCAUUACGACAAAUUGGCCAAUAGGAGUUGAGAGGCAGAGUUGUCCUCCUGGCCGCCAUUAAAGAAUUCAAUCCAUGAACUGAAAUAAUGGAAAUCUGCAGGACCCAUGGAUCUGGCUGGGGAGAGUAGCCGAUGAGUAGCCUCGCAAAUUCGGCAUUCCGUCCGUCUGGGGAGACGAGUUUUUACUAUGACGUCGGUUUUAGUGAACAGGAGGGCUGUUAGGUGUGCCUAAUUGUUUUAUGUGGCUGGCAAGCUGGCGCUGGGGCUCUGGUAUGUUAGCUUGUGUGCUAGCAGGCUAGGAGAGAUCAGGGGGAGGGGAGAGCUCCUUUGCUUUGAAAUUGUUUCAGAUCAGCUAGCUGCUAUUAGCAUUAGCGCACCGGGGACUAAAGAUUUUGGGGUGAAGUUUUUUUUUUUUUUUUUUUAGUUUUCGGGCUCGCAUUUUUUUUUAUUGCGCACGUAACUUUUCUGGCGUUGGGUUUAACGGUGGUCUGUCCCGGUUAUAUUAUAUUAUAUCAUAUUAGCGCUGACUCUUUGGUGUUAGGUUAGAGGAAUGUAGCAGCAGGCUUGCGGCUAUCCAAAUCAGACAAUACAUUUCAAAUAGGAUUGAUGAGUCGAAAAGCUCCAAGCUUCCAGUUGACGCUAUCUGUCGUUAGCUUAGCCACCGGGCUAGCUGCGGCUAUCGCCGGUUACAAGUUGUCUGUUUGACUAGCUGCGGCUAGCAAGUUGGCCAUUGCUUUAACGGGACAAUCACAUCUGAACGCCGCCUCGCAAAACACAGCCAGCUACCCAGAUCAGCUACAGCCCCCCCGAAGGUGAUUGAGACGAUGGACUUUAACGUUAUAACGACGCAGUGAAAGGAUGAGUUCGUGCUUUGUACCAAACGGGGCCAGUUUGGAGGACUGCCACUCCAACCUCUUCUGCCUGGCUGAUUUGACUGGGAUUAAAUGGCGGCGAUUUGUGUGGCAAGGACCCACCUCUUCGCCCAUCCUUUUCCCCGUGACCGAGGAGGACCCGAUCCUGUGUAGUUUCAGCCGAUGCCUGGCGGCAGACGUGCUGAGCGUGUGGAGAAGGCACCACACUCCGGGUCGCAGGGAGCUCUGGCUUUUCUGGUGGGGGGACGACCCCAGUUUUGCAGAGCUCAUCCACAAUGAGCUUUCAAGUGAGGAGGAUGGGGAGUGGGAGAGCGGCCUGUCCUACGAGUGUCGAACGCUCCUGUUCAAAGCCAUUCACAACCUGCUGGAGCGCUGCCUCAUGAACCGCGGGUUCGUUCGCAUCGGCAAGUGGUUUGUUAAGCCAUACCAAAAGGAGGAGAAGACCAUCAAUAAAAGCGAGCACCUUUCUUGCGCAUUCACCUUCUUCGUGCAUGGCGACAGCAACGUGUGCACGAGCGUGGAGAUCGCUCAGCAUCAGCCUCUGCAGCGACUGAGCGAGGAGCAUCUUAGCCUCGCGCAGCAGAGCUCCAGCCCCUUGCAAGUCAUCCUGAGCCCGUAUGGUUUGAAUGGGACCCUCACGGGCCAGGCUUUUAAGAUGUCAGACCACCCUACUCAGAAGCUCAUAGAGGAGUGGAGGCAGUUUUAUCCCAUCAGCCCCAAUCCCAAGGAGGUCCAGGAGGACAAGAUGGAAGAUUCAGACUGGGAGGAUGACUCCCUGGCAGCGGUGGAGGUCCUUGUCGCGGGAGUAAGGAUGGUUUACCCUUCCUGCCUGGUGCUCCUCCCCCUGUCGGACCUCCCAGCCAUGGUCCCUCAGGGCUCAGCCAACACCUCAGGAAGCCUGUGUGGUGCACAGCAGGGCCAGGCUGCUCACAGAGACCCCGCCAUGUCCUCUGUCACUCUGACUCCUCCAACGUCACCGGAGGAGGCUCAGACUGAUUACCAGCCUGCCCAGAGGUGGCUCAAGCUGUCCUCUGCAUCCGAUGGCUACAGCUCCAACAACACUCUUCAUGGGGGUAAAAUCCCUCGCAGGCUGGCCAGCCAGAUGGUGGAAUCUGUGUGGCAGGAGUACAACAUAAAUCGUACAGGGAACAAGAGGAAGUUUACUACCUUGACAAAUGGGACCUGUGAGGAGGAGACAGACAAAACUGGAUUCUGGGAUUUUGUGGAGCCGGCUCACAGGCUGCACUGCAAUUGCUCAAGACACAAGAAUCAGAAACAGCGAUCCAGCAGCACCUCAGGACACCCGCCCUCAUCAGGACAGCCUGCCCAGCCGGCCCCCAAGCACAAGCUGGGCGAGAAACUGGAGAAGGGGGAGAAGCAGCAGAAGAGGCCGCAGACGCCUUUUCACCACCGCAGCUCUGUGAGCGAGGAGCAGUCCCUGGAGCCGCAGACCCAGAGGCUUUGCCUGAGAUCACAGGAGGAGGGCUCGUAUCCCAGCCUGCACCACGUGGACACGGUGCCGCCCAAAGCCCCCACGCUGCACGCUCACGGCCCCCCCGCCGACCUCGUGGGGUCUCCGCCUCCCCCUCCUCUCAGCCCGCAUCCCUGCGAUCACGCGGAAGGUGACAUGACUCCGGGUGGCAUGAAGAACUCCUCCACGCCCAUUCACCAACCGUUCUACCCGCCGUCAGUGGAGCCCUGUCUGAUGCCGCGAAAGAGUUCAUCCGAGGAGCCUCAGCUGGACAGCAUGCCCAUGCCUUUGCCCUUCCCAUCAAACUACAACGAGACCUUGGAGCCCACUGUCUUUCUAGGCUCAGCCAUCAACCCAGGUGAAGACUCCACCCACAACCCCUGGAAAUAUUUCAACCUGCCCAAGAAGAAGGCGUCUAACUUCCUGACGCCUCUUCUACCUGUGGAUAAAAUACGAGAUGAUUCUGGUGGAGGAACAGAAAGUGUAGUCUCAGUCACUGAGUUGAUGUCAGGCUCCUCGCAGCUCUUGAAGGUGUCCCAAGAGCUGGUUAGGACCUACGCCCAGCGGAGAAACAGCCAUCUAUCCUCCACUGCAGGAGACGGAGACCUGAGUGAGGAGCCAGACCCUUACGCCUUCGUGGAGGGAGACGAAGAGUUCAGCUUUACCGAGAAGAAGGACAAGCCUGGAGCUGAGAAGGACGGAAACAAGAAACACAAGUCGGAUGAAGGAACCGGAGGUUCUGCAGACGAUGGUCAGGGUCCAUCAGGGAGCAAACCUCCAGCCUCUACCAGCCUCAUCCACGAGAAUGACUUGGCUGUAUCCUACAGCGACCUGGAUAAAAUCUUCAACUCGGAUGAAGAUGAGCUCACGCCUGGAGCCAAAAGAGCUGGAGUCGGUGCAGAGGAUAAGUUUGGCUGUAAAGACACUAAAGCCGCAUUGGAUCCUUUGUCCUGCAUAAGCUCAGCAGACCUGCACCAGAUGUUUCCCACUCCUCCCUCCCUGGAGCAGCAGGGUUACUCUCCCAUUAACUCCGGCAGCAAGGAUAGCCUGGAAGCAGGGGCAGGCCUCACCCUGUUGGACGGCAGCCAGCUUAACAACCACUUCAAGAUGGAGGUGGAGGAGGGUUUCUGCAGCCCAAAGCCAUCAGAAAUAAAGGACUUCUCCUUUGUGUACAAGCCAGAGACGUGUCAGACGAUCAUCGGCUGUUCGAUGUACGCCCCCCUGAAGACGCUACCCAGCCAGUGUCUGGUGCCUAUCAAACUGCCAGAAGACUGUGUGUACACACCGAGCUGGACCAUGGGCAAAAUGGAACUGAUACCCCCGGUGUCAGGCGUCAGUCUCCUCACCAAAGACAGUAACGUCCCCAGUGUGGAGCCAGACUACAGCCAGACCUACACCCCUCAGACCCACACCCCCUUCAUGUCCAGCAGCGCUCCUCCCAGCAACAGCGGCACAGGCAUCCUGCCCUCCCCAGCCACGCCGCGCUUCUCCGUGCCCACGCCUCGGACGCCGCGCACUCCACGGACUCCCCGCGGCCCCUCCAGCGUCCAGGGCUCCCUCAAGUACGACAACUCCGACCUGUACUCCCCGGCCUCCACGCCCUCCACCUGCCGGCCCCUCAGCUCCGUCGAGCCGGCCACCGUGACAUCCAUCCCCGAGGCCCACAGCCUCUACGUCACUCUCAUACUUUCUGAGUCGGUCAUGAACCUCUUCAAGGACUGCAACUUCGACAGCUGCUGCGUGUGCGUCUGCAACAUGAACAUCCGAGGGGCGGACGUAGGCGUGUACCUCAAGGACAACGGCGAGGCCCAGUACCCCUGCACUUGCGGCUUCAGCGCGGUCGCCAACCGGCGCUUCGGUCAGUCGGCCGGGCUCUUCCUGGAGGACGAGCUGGACGUGGUGGUGCGGGGCUCGGACGCCAGUCGGGACACGGAGCGGAGUUUCGAAGAGCUGCGAGCGACCACGACACACAAGGCAGGCAGCUUGAAGGAGAAACCUCCAGAUGAGUUGAUCCUCCUGCUGCAGGACCAGUGCACCAACCCGUUCGCUCCACUGGCCGGCGUGGAAUACCCCAAGCAGAGUUCAGCCCUGAGUUCGUUCCUGAGGGUCGAAGAGAGAGACUGUUAUAAUGACUGCUACAUGGCCCUGGAGCACGGCCGGCAGUUCAUGGACAAUAUGUCGGGAGGCAAAGUUGAUGAAACACUAGUGAAAAGCACCUGUCUACAUCAGUGGCCAAAAUGCAAAUCAGCAGACAUGAGCAAGCUGUUCUCUCAGGACGUCCUGCGGGUGUUGCUGUCCCUCCAGCCUGUGCUGCAGGACACCAUUCAGAAGAAGAGGAGUGUGCGGUCCUGGGGCGUUCAGGGACCGCUCACUUGGCAGCAGUUCCACAAAAUGGCUGGGAGGGGUUCAUAUGGUACAGAUGAGUCUCCCGAGCCUCUGCCCAUCCCCACGUUCUUGGUUGGUUAUGAGUAUGAUUUUGUGGUGCUGUCCCCUUUUGGGCUGCCCUACUGGGAGAAGCUUCUCCUGGAUCCCUUUGGCUCCCAGAGAGAUGUGGGAUAUGUCGUCAUCUGUCCAGAAAACGAAGCUCUGCUCCGUGGGGCCAAGACCUUUUUCAAAGAUCUGAGCGCUAUGUAUGAGGCAUGCCAGCUGGGGCAGCACAGGCCCAUCUGCAAGAGUCACCCAGAGGGUGUAUUGAAGGUCGGCAGCACAGAAGGCAGGAGCAUGACGGAGCAGCCCCUUAGUGACUGGUUCCUUAAGAUGGCUGCCAGAGAUGGAAACAAUGAAGCCUUUAAUAAGCUCAAACUCUUUGCUCAAGUGUGCCGUUACGAUCUAGCACCGUAUCUGUCGGAGCAGUCUUUGGACAGCUCUCUGUUGUCCCAGCGCAGCCCCAGCACGGCCUCCUCCUCCCAGACCUCCAACUCUUCCAGCACCACCUCAGGACUCCAGAGCACCAACACUACCAGCUCCAGCACCAGCUCUGCCCAGGUCAACAGCACCCCUCCCUCCUCCUCCUCCUCGUCCUCCUCCUCCUCCUCAGGCUCCCAGACUAUCGGGGGAAUGGCCACGGCCAAGCCGAGCUCCUACUCGCCAUUUGGGUCCGCAGGCUUGCAGGGCAGCACUUCUCAGAACGGACCCCAGACGAACCAACAGGGCGCAGGGGGGCUGGCGGAAAACGGACCGUCUGCAAACCAGCCUCAAGGGCCCACAGAGGCACCAGAGAGCACAAUGGAGAGAGACAAAGUGGGUAAGCCCACGGACGGAGAGUCGCACGCUGUUUCUUACCCACCCGCCAUAGUGGUGUACAUCGUGGACCCCUUCAGCUACGAGGACGCAGACAGAGAGGUCCACUCCAGCACAUACACACUGGGCCUGCUGCGCUGCUACAUGGAGAUGCUCCAGUUCCUGCCCGCUCGCAUCAGAAACGCUGUCUCAGUACAGAUUGUUCCCUACCAGUAUCUGCUGCAGCCAGUGCACAGCGGCGAGCGCCACGUCUACAGCCAGCACCUCAAGUCGCUGGGCUUCUCUGUUUUCACUCAGUGCCGCCGGCCGCUGCCCAACUCCACCAACUUCAAGGCUCUGACGGGCUUCGGCCCCGGCCUUGCCAUCGACAUGGCGCUCAAGAACCCUGAGAGGCCCGAAUGUCUGCGCCUGUACACGCCGCCCUUUAUUUUGGCCCCGGUGAAAGACAAGCAGACGGAGCUCGGGGAGACGUUUGGAGAGGCAUCGCAGAAGUACAACGUCCUGUUUGUCGGCUACUGUCUGUCCCAUGACCAGCGCUGGCUGCUGGCCUCCUGCACCGACCAACACGGAGAACUGCUGGAGACCUGCAUCAUUAGCAUCGAUGUUCCCAACAGGGCUCGCAGGAAAAAGGGCUCAGCCAGACGACUCGGUUUGCAGAAGCUGUGGGACUGGUGCCUCGGCCUGGUGCAGGUGACAUCGCUGCCGUGGAGGGUUGUCAUUGGACGUCUCGGCAGGAUGGGCCACGGCGAGCUGAGAGACUGGAGCAUUCUGCUGAGCAGGAGAAACUUACAGUCCCUCAGUAAACGUCUGAAAGAGACGUGUAGGAUGUGUGGCAUCUCUGCUGCCGACACUCCCGGCAUCCUCAGCGCCUGUCUGGUUGCCAUGGAGCCGCAGGGGUCCUUUGUCAUCAUGCCAGACUCCGUGUCGACAGGCUCCGUGUUUGGUCGCAGCACCACGCUCAACAUGCAAACGUCGCAGCUGAGCACUCCUCAGGACACAUCCUGCACUCACAUCCUGGUGUUCCCCACCUCGGCCAUGGUGCAGGUCAACACUAACACUUCAGAGCCCAUCGACAUCAACUUCAACCCCAUAAAUCCUGAUGGAUCUGACGGAAUGGGCAUCUUUGACUUGUUUGACAACGACAUGGUGGAUCCAGACCUCAUCAACAUCCUGCCCAACUCCCCCACGACCUCCCCCGUUCACUCUCCUGGCUCCCACUACCACCAGGGGGGAGACGGAAGCAAGGGCCAGAGUGCAGAUCGCAUGGAGUCCCACGAGGAGGCUCUGAACAUCCUGCAGCAGCCGAUGGCUUUGGGUUACUUCGUCUCCACAGCAAAGGCUGGACCACUGCCCGACUGGUUCUGGUCGGCCUGCCCUCAAGCCAAGAACCAGUGCCCACUCUUCCUCAAGGCCUCUCUGCACCUGCACGUGUCUUCUGUCCAAUCAGACGAGCUCCUGCACAGUAAACACUCCCACCCCUUGGACUCUAACCACACCUCUGAUGUGCUCAGAUUUGUUCUAGAGCAAUACAACGCCCUCUCCUGGCUGACGUGCGACCCUGCGACCCAGGACCGGCGCUCCUGUCUGCCUGUUCACUUCGUGGUGCUCACCCAGAUGUACAACUUUAUCAUGAACAUGCUUUGAACUCUAACGGGAUCUAACUGCUGAGAUUUGAUUCGAGGGAUCGCUCAGACGAAUUAUGGAUUUUCUGCUACGAGGGAUCCCAGACACUCGAAAAAGGACCUCACACUCCAUCAGGGCAAAUGUGGAGGAAGAACCUCCCUCCUCUUCCUCCUCCUCCCUCUCUCCCUGAUGUAUCUCACAGAUCUCUGACUGGAUGUUUCCAAUCAGUCAAUCAGAUGCCAAGAAUCCAUUUUAGCAUUUUGGAUGAUCAAGGGACGUUUCAUAAAGGAAGAAUAAAUUGUCUUUUUAAUGACUGUAGAUUGCAAUCUAUGAAAUUUUAUCUUAAUGAAAUGCCUGCAUAUAUUAUUUAUUGUAAGUUUUUAAAUGUGGAAUUUUUAAUGCUUAAUAUCUUUUAUAUAUUACAAAAUCCUAGAGGGUGUGUACAUCUCACUGUAAAGGAAUUGGUUUAAAAAGUGUAAUUUUCUCAAUUACAACACGGAAAAACCCGUUCAAGUGAAUUUGCUGUAGAUUGCUUUUAGAAUAUUAUUUUUUCAAAAGGGUACAGACCUUUCUAUUGCCAUGCUGUAAAAAUGAAGUAAAAAGCUGGCCUGGGCAUUUGUGUCCCACCCAAUGAGUGGAUGAGACUUACCUCUCUGUCUGCUUUGGCUCCAGAGUCUCUCGCACAGUAACUCAAUGAGCUCUGAAGAGGAAUUAAAAGGUACAUUGUCAGAUUAUAUAUUUUAUAUAACAGAUUUAGGUAAUCGUGUGUGUAUAUGUGUACAUAUAAUUGUGUGCCGCUACUGAUGGUGCAGCUUCUGUUUUAGGAAUAAAGUGCGUCUACCUUAC